UGCGCGUGCGCACGCGGGCGGCCGUUACGGUCUCCGCCCACGCGCCGCUUUCAAACGCCCUGAGGGGAGGGGGCAGGGGAGGGGGGCGCCUCCUCUGCGGAAGCCCCGCGGCGUCGCCGGCCGCCGCCCCCUCCUCAGCCCGGCGCCGCCCCCCGGAGACCGCGAGGUCGGCGCCGGCGGUCACAUGACGCGGCGGUGGGGAGCGCGGCGCGGAGCGGGCGGGUCACGUGGCCGGGCCGGAGCAGCGGCGGCGGCGGCGGCGGCAGCGCGGCGCUAACGGGGCGGCGAUGGAGGAGACUCGCGGGCCGCAGCCGCGGCUGCUGCCGCUGCGCAAGGAGAAGUGCCGGCUCGACGGGCAGCUGCACCACAUCGCCUCCCGCCUCCCCGCAGGCUCGUGGGAGUCCAACGGCUUCACGGCGGCGGCGGCGCCCGCUGAGGACCCGGCACCGGCGGCGGCACCGGCACCGGCGGCGACAACAACGAGCCCCUCGGGCGGCCCCGGGGCCCGGGGGGCGGCGGGGGGGGAGCGGGCGGCGCCCCCCGCCCGCCCCCCCCACUACGGCCGCCCCUUCCACCCCUCCUACCGCAAGAGCUUCCGCCCCGGCGGCCCCGCCAAGGAGUGGGGGCCCAGCCCCAACGGGCACGGCCCCCCCGGCACGGGCCGCGGCGGCUGGGCCGGCCCCCGCCGGGGCUGCCCCCCGCCCGCCUCCGCCUCCUCGUCCUCCUCCUCCUCGUCCUCCUCCUCCUCCUCGCCCUCGCCGGAGCGGCGGGCGGCCCCGGCGGCCCCCCCGGAGCCCUGGCUGCUCUUCCGCCCGCCGCCCGCCUUCCCCGUGGACAGCAGCCGGGCCCGCGCCCUCCCCAAGAUCAGCUACGCCAGCAAGCUCAAGGAGAACCUGGCGCCCCCCCCGCCGCCCCCCACCGUGCCCGCCUCGGCCCUGCGCACCGCCGCCCCCGGCCUGCCCCACGGCCUGCCCCACGGCGGCCCCGCGCCCCCCUCCUCCUCCUCCUCCUCCUCCUCGCCGCCGCCGCCAGACCCCGGGCGCCCGGCCCGGCCCCACCUGGGCGCCAUCUUCCAGAACGAGUGGGGGCUCUCGUUCAUCAACGAGCCGGGUGCCGGGGGGCCGGGCGCCGAGGCCGGGGCCUCGCGGGGGGCGGCGGCGGUGGGGGGGCCCGGCGCCGAGGGCAUGAGCCCCCCCGACUGGGAGGCCGCCCGCAGCUACCACACGGAAGCCUGGGAUCAUAUAUGGAAGGUGCACAGACAGGCCCCCGGCAAGGUGACGGUCUACGCGGACCCCCUGGACGGGAAGGGUUAACGCUGGGGGCCGCCCCCGGGCGCGGGGGGGGCUGGGCCCCGCCGGCCCCCCCCCAGCGGCGACGGCGGCUUUUCCCCCGUCCUGUUUUUACCGCCGGGGCUCGGGGCCCCCCAAUAAACGGCAGAGCCCGG